CGCGGCCGUCCUGUAGACCCCUCCUUCCCCCCACAGUGCCCCAGCUAGCCCCGCUGAGCAUGUGCCUGUGGGUUGCUUCCUUCCCUGUGCAGGACAGACGGGGCUACUAUGUCAUUGUCACCCCUCCCCCCCGCGGAGGAAGAGUAGCAGCUACAAAGCGCAUGCGCGCUACUAGAACGCGUGCUCAUCAACUGCCUUUCCCUUAACGGCUAGAGCCGCCUCGUCUCUCGUUCCUCACGAUUUAAAUAUGCUAAUAAAGGGUCGUCGGGAGUCCUAUGGCGGGGCAGGGAAGGGGUCACGUGUCUUGGGGACGUGCCUGUAGGGGGCGGCUCCCGACCUGCCCAGGCUGCCUUAAAAGCGGGCUGCGAGCGAGGAAGCGCCUCAGUCAGAGCGAGAAAGUGCUGGGGUGGGUGGUUCGUCGCUGCUCCGCCUGAAACUUCUGAGUAACAUCAACAGGGGGCCAGCGGCGGCAGCCGUGCAGCCUUGUUCGCCUUUUCCUCGUAAACCAGCCCGUGCAGGGCUUGAGCGGGUCCCUCACACAAAGGCGAGCAGGGCAGCUCCCUGGAGGGGGGUGGCGGGGAGGUGCACCUCCCCGUGCAACGCACUCACAGCUCCUACUGCCCGCCCGUCCCCCGUGUCUGCCCCCAGCCCCUGUCCAUGUAGCCGCCGGCCCCGCUGCUGCUCCGCACUAUGCCCAUCUUACUCUUCCUGAUAGACACGUCCGCCUCCAUGAACCAGCGCACCCAUCUGGGCACCACCUAUCUGGACAUAGCCAAAGGCGCUGUAGAGACUUUCAUGAAGCUCCGCGCCCGGGACCCCGCCAGCAGAGGAGACAGGUAUAUGCUGGUCACUUUCGAGGAGCCUCCCCACGCGAUCAAGGCUGGCUGGAAAGAAAAUCAUGCAACCUUUAUGAAUGAAUUGAAAAACCUUCAGGCUGAAGGACUUACGACUCUUGGCCAGUCUUUAAGGACAGCUUUUGAUUUAUUAAACUUAAAUAGAUUAGUAACUGGCAUAGACAACUAUGGGCAGAUCUUUGAUUCCGGACCAGAUUUCUUUGACCUCAGAAACACCCUUACUCUUCUAGAUAUUAUAAGUUGAUAACUUCUAAACAAAGUUUAUCAGAUACUUCACACUGUUCCAUGUGUGGAAGACUUAGCAGAAGAGGAUGGCUUUUGGUACAUGCAAAUAUUCACUCACAUGAUUAAACAAUCUUUUCUGAAGUUUUUUCAGUGUCCUUUAUAAAAACAGGUGACUGUGUUAAAUUGAUUUGUUCUGCUAGAUCCUGUGCUGCUGAAGUCCCUUGUUCCCAUUGUAGCACCACUCUCAGACUAGAACUUUUUCAUAAGUUAGACUAAAAUUUCAGAUUACUUAACUGCAGUGGAAUUCACUUCUGGGACUGUACUGGUCCUUCAAGUUCACGUUGGCCUAUAAGCAAUACAUAUUGCCAUCCUGUCAACGGUCAUCAGCAAGGGAAGAUCCACUAUUAAACAGCUCUUCUGAAAAUAAACAUAUUAAAAUUUACAUGUUGCAGAGGAUGUGGGAAUAAUUCAGGAAGACAAAAGUAAGAAUACUCAAUUUUUGAAAUACUGGUGACAGUAGCAUACUCUUACUCGUCAAUUUUUUUAAAUGAAACACCUAGGAAAAAAAUUUUACACUGAUGAGAUUACUUGAAUAUCUCAACCAGUCUAGUUUAGCUGUCUAAAAUAGAGUAGCUAGAUCUACUCUUUCUUGGGUUCAGAAGACAGGAUGAUUUACAAAUAAGAUCUAGCAGGUAUUAGAGAAGAUAUUACAUGAAGCAUAAAUUCAAACAUUUUUUAAUGAAGCAUUUGGGAAAUUAUAUCAGGCUGUCUCGUCCACUAAGUUAUUUAUCCAUCACUUCUGCCAUUGGAUUGGCAAGAUUCUAAAAUAUUUGUUCAGAUUCCUUUUGUUUCUAGUACUUGAGCUGUAGAACAAAUGUGCUCCUUUUUAUAAAUACCAAUGACAAGACAUGUCUCAAACUUAUUGAGAGUCAAUCUGGUUAAACCAUCCAACUUCUGAAUUGUUUAUCUAAAUGGCUAGGCUACUCAUUAUAUCUGACAUCUUUUGAAA